CAAACCAGUGGGGCAUUUCUAAGCCAGAAACAUAGUCAACAUGGACCUUGCUCUUCUCUGUGUCUUCUUGCCGUUGGUGACGAUGGCCUGGGGCCAGUAUGGCGACUAUUACUAUCAACCCCAGUAUGGAGACUAUGGGGGUAAUGAUGGGUGGGUCAAUGUGUAUCGUCAGGGCUUCAACUUCCAGUGCCCCCAUGGCCAGGUGAUAACGGCAGUAAGGAGCACGUUCAGCAAGAAGGAAGGCUCUGACAGACAGUGGAACUAUGCAUGCAUGUCUACGCCCCAGAGUCUUGGGGAACCGACAGAAUGCUGGUGGGAAGAGAUCAACAGAGCUGGAACGGAAUGGUAUCAGACCUGUUCCAAUAAUGGGCUGGUGGCAGGAUUCCAGAGCCAGUAUUUUCCAUCUGUGCUUGAUCGGGAGUGGCAAUUUUACUGCUGCCGCUACAGCCGGAGAUGCCCAUAUUCCUGUAGCAUGACAACGGAACAUCCAGGACACUAUGGAGAAGAUAUGGACAUGAUGAUGUACACUUAUGAUCAUUACAUCCGGGGAGCAACUACUACUUUCUCUGCUGUGGACAGGGAUCGUCAAUGGAAGUUCAUCAUCUGCAGGAUGACAGACUUUGACUGCCAAUUUCAAAACCUGUAGACAUAUUGACUACACCAAACUUGGGGAGGCUGGGGGGUAGGUGGGAGGGAAAGGGGCCAUGAAACUCACAUCACGCAUCACCAGCUGGCUGCCAAAGUUACAGUUCUUUAGCCUGUGGAGCUGUUAACUGCAGUAUCAGCUCACGGCACCUGUGAGCCAAAUAACACGAUUGCAGCUGCAACUUUGGAGGACGCCCUUGAAUGCUACGUGCCGCUGCAUCUCACAGCUAAAAUGCUUUUCAUACACGAGCCUUUUAUUAGCAGUUAUUUCUUUUUGUAUGUAUCCACUUCACACAUGUGCAACAUUAUUUUGCCUAGCACCUUUGUGCCAAAUGCUUCUCUUCUCCCAAACCACUGCACACAAGGUUAAAAUAUAAUAGAAGUUCUCCAGUGUG